AUGGAGGAGUUGGUAGAGGAUGACAUCUGUAUUUUGAACCAUGAAAAAGCAGACAAUGCUCACAAGAGAGACAGUGAUAUUCCUGUUUCAUCCUACAGUGGCGAUGAGUCUGUUGCCUCACACUUUGCCCUUGUCACUGCAUAUGAAGAUAUCAAGAAACGACUAAAGGAGACAGAGAAGGAAAACUCCUUCUUAAAAAAAAGAGUGAGAAUUCUGGAAGAGAAGCUGCUUGGGUCCCGACUGGAAGAGGGAGGCAGUUCAGUUGGCCGUGAACAAGUAAACAAGGCCUACCAAGCCUAUCGAGAGGCCUGCAUCGACAGGGAUAAUCUGAAAAGCAAACUGGAAAAAAUGGUGAAAGAAAAUGCGGAAACCUUGAAAACCUUGAAUGAACAGUUGCAGUCUAAAGAAGUGGAGCUCUUACAAUUAAGAACUGAAGUGGAAACUCAACAGGUGAUGAAAAGUCUGAAUUGUACUCAGGCCAGCUGGGAAUUAGAGAAACUGAACAGUGACCUGAAAGUGCAUAGUCUGGAACAGGAUCUAGAAAAGCUCAAGGAAGAGUGCAACAGUCUCAGAAAGGAGUUGCAAAAAUCCAAGCAGAAGGAGCAGGUUCAAUAUGAAAAUCCAUUUAAUGGAGACCACCUUCAAAGGCAAGACCUCCAGAGUAUGCAACAGGCAUAUUGGGAACUGAAGAGAGAAAUGUCUAAUUUGCUACUGGUGGCUGGUACGCAAGCUGAGACUCUACGAAAACUGAAAAGAAACUCAGCAGUGACCAAGAAAGCUGCCUCUACUGCACCAGUACAGUGUGUUGACUUGAACAUUUCAAAGCUGAAUUUGACAUCUGGAGUAGUGUGUGAAAACCUCUCACAAAAUGAUAAAGAAUUCUGCAAUGCUGUGUCUCCUCCUGUGCUGAGAAGUGUCCACAAACCAUCAGGAAAUGUGCCUCUACAAGCAUGGACAGAUGAGAAACCCGUUCCACUUGAUGGCAAAACGUUUCAGGAGCAACAUUCUUAUGGAAAGAGCUCUCUGGAAGAUAAUUCCUGGGUAUUCCCAAGUCCUCCAAAGCCUAAUGAGAGUAUGUUUUGGGAAAUGAAAAAUAAACCAACUUUGUCAAACUGUCCAGCAGAUUACUUGGAUCAGUGUAAUCAAAACUGUCUGCACAAAAGUUGA